AUGCCUGCAGUAAAGAGACAAGCGAAAGCAGACAAGCCUAAGAGGCUGAGAAAGCGCAAGGCUAGAACGGAAGUCUCGAAUUCUUCAGACUCAUCAUCGGACUCAUCAUCGUCGUCAGAGUCUGAGAGCAGUGAUUCGGAGCCUACGCCCAAGAAGCAAGUUGUAUCCAAGUCCAAGGUUAAGACAAAGACCGUUUCAAAGUCACCAUCCCGGUCAUUGUCACCAGAACAAGAUCAGACCAUCACUCCCUCUACAGGCGGACCCCAGGCCGGGGACGCGGAGGCGGAAGAUGCAUUCACCUCAUUCUACCUCCGCCAGAUGACGACCGAGUUUGCCGAAGACCUCGACAAGAUCCGCUCAGCAGGCGAUUUCAACGACAAGUCACUGGGCCUGCUGAUUGGCGCACUAAAGCAGGGCCGCGAAUGCUUUGACCGACACGACAGACUGGCUGUUGGCAAAGCUAUCGUUGCUACCAAUCAGUGA